UCGCAGUGUUUGCUCAGCAAUUGUUGACUCAUAAGUAAAAUGCGUAAAAGCUCAGAAUCUGAAACGCCAGGACAGGAAAUUCUGGACAAAGAAUCAGAUGAAAUCGUUAAUGGUAAACAUUUGGAUCUCGACGAUGUGUUGGUCAAUGAAUUGGGACAAUUCGGGUGCUUCCAAAUGAGGAAUAUUCUGCUGGUCACAAUACCCAUUAUGAUGUCCGCAUUCAUGAGUGAAUACAUAUUUUCUGCGGCCGCAAUACCACACAGAUGUCGAAUCCCAGAAUGCAAUGAACAAGAUAAAUCACAGAAGUAUGAUCCCAAAUGGAUAUUGAACGUGCUGCCGCAGACCAGCUCGGGAUUUUCAAGUUGUGAAAGAUAUGUUCUAUUGAAUCUCGAUACCAAAGGAUCUCUCGAAUCUUGUCCGGCCAGUUUGUUUAAUCAAACGAAAACCAUAGAUUGCGACGGGUACGUGUACUCGAAAGACAAUUCCGUGGUCUACGAUUUUGAUCUCGGAUGUCAGGAUUGGCUGAGGGCUUUAGCUGGGACUCUGAACAGCGUGGGCAUUUUGUUGGCGAUGCCGAUCACUGGCUAUAUCUCGGAUCGCUUCGGACGUAGAUUUGCUCUCGUCGUCAAUGUCUUUAAUUUAAGUCUUAUUGGGUUAAUUCGGGCUUUCUCCGUCAACUACACGAUGUAUAUGGCGCUUCAAAUCGUACAAACUACGCUCGGCGCCGGCACGUUCAGUUCUGCUUAUAUUUUUGCUGCUGAACUCGUCGGUCCGAAGUACCGUGUGGUUACAAGUGCGACUCUAUCCUCGAUCUUCGCAACAGGGCAAGUGGUACUGGGCGCAGUAGCCUGGCUGGUUCAACCUUGGCGUUACAUGAUAAUGACUCUCCAUAUCCCUGGAUUCUUGGUGAUAUGUUACUAUGCUAUUCUACCAGAGAGUGUUCGUUGGUUACUGUCGAAACGAAAAUACGCUGAAGCGACAAAAGUGUUGAAAACAGUGGCUAGGCUGAAUAAGACGCAAAUAAGUGAUAAGUCUUUGGAAGCACUCAUAAAUAGUUCAAAGGAUUCUAAGCCUCUUCUGAAGGAAGGGAAUGGAAACCUAAUGACAAAGAUCAUACGCUCUCCGGUGUUGCUCAGACGCGUGUGCACCACGCCCGUCUGGUGGAUCACAACUGUAUUUGUAUACUACGGACUGUCGAUUGACUCAACGAGUCUCUCCGACACAAUAUAUUUGAAUUACAUUUUGACUUGUGCCAUUGAAAUUCCUGGUUUCUUCACCGCAGUCCUAGUCCUCGAUAGAGUUGGCAGAAGAGCCACUCUAUCGUCCGGGUUUUUAUUUAGUGCUUUGUGUAACAUUGUCUUUGUCUUCAUUCCCAAUGAGUUAUCAGUUCUCCGACUUGUAAUUUACCUGUUAGGAAAAUUCGGCAUUUCAAUGGUGAUGACGUCAUUAUACUUGUAUACGUCAGAACUAUAUCCGACUGAGUUUCGUCACAGCCUUCUCGCUUUUUCCUCCAUGAUCGGUCGUAUCGGAUCUAUUACGGCACCUCUUACUCCAGUACUUAUGGAAUACUGGCACGGUAUACCGUCUUUGAUGUUUGGAGGAAUGGGGAUACUCUCAGGCAUUCUAGUGCUCACACAGCCUGAAACAUUAGGCACUAAGAUGCCAGACACCCUGGCUGAGGCAGAAGUGCUUGGAAAAUCAGACUGCUCUCAAAGGACCGGUUAAUUUCAAUAAGAUCAUCUGGAUCUACGAAAUUUCUUUAAGCAUUAUUCUUACACUGAGUAUUGUGAACUAACACCUACUUUAUAUGAAGUCGACGUGUACUUUGCUAACAGUGUAUUUGUUUAGCUCGAAUAUAUUGUAUGCGUAUAAAAUAUUAUAUAUUAAGUUUUGAUGUAUUCAGACAUUUUUAAGUACGAUAUAUUAGUUAUUGUAAAACCCUGUGUUACAUAAUAUUCACAUUUUCCAUUUCACUUACGUUGAUUAUCGAGGAAUGCGAUAUAUUUCGGCACGAAAGAUUUCGUCCAUCUAUUUGGAGCACUGGCGAAAAACACGCCUCAAUAAUUUCCAAUGGAAAAGAGUGUCAUCAACAAAUUUAGCCAUUUAGUUUAAGGCUAAACAAGUUAAAGACUAAUAACAAAGAGGGGGCGAGCAUGCUUUCUUGAGAAUCUCGACACAACUUUAACUUGUUGUCUUUCAUUGUUCAGAUAGUUCAAGUAGCUCACUGAUGUAAUUGUUAUUUAUUUAUGUUUUAAAUCGGGUUUCUUUUAUCGAAAGCUUUGCAAGGUCAAGCGAUAUCGUUAAUAUUUUUUUCUUCACCGGCAUAAAUAUCGUAAAUGAUACCGGAACAUGUCUAAGUGAUAAUAGUAAAA